UUGAGAACGGAAGAGCUCUCAUCAUCCUCCUCCGGCUGCGAGGAAAAUAUCAAAGGAAACGAGCAAUGUUUUACUCUCACCAGCUCCUUGCGAGGAAAGCUCCUCUCGGCCAGAUCUGGCGAGUGUUCAUCUCCGUCUCUUUUAAGUUCCUCUGGUUUUAUUCCCGCUCGAUCGAUUCAUUCACAGAAUUUGGAGCUAUAUGUGAUUACAGGAUGGCAGCGACCUUGAAUAACAAGAUCAAGCGAAGAAACUUAGAGAAACUUAAUAUCCCACUGAUUUGUGAAGAGAUCCUAAAUCCAUCCAUUCCGAUGGCUCUGAGACUCUCGGGAAUUCUAAUGGGUGGUGUUGUAAAUGUCUACAAACGAAAAGUUGAUUUUCUCUAUGAUGAUGUUAAUCGGUUCCUGGAGGAGUUCAAUAGAGCCUUCAAGGCAAAGAUUGCAGGAGACUCCAGUAGCAAAACUCAGGCCAAGCGCAAAGCACAGGCCAGGUCCGAGGCAACAAUCACAAUCGCUGACAAGGAAAAAUUCGAUGCAGAUAUGGAGCAAUACACUAUCCACCCCUCCAACCCAUCAUUUGAUGUGGCGAGAUUUCAAAAGAUGACCUUGAAGGAUUUGGAUGAUCAUUACAUCAACAUAGAUAUUGGCGGCGAUGAUCUCUCUGUUCAUCGUCAGCACCAUCAAGCUGAUCCAGCCGAUAUCACAUUGCCAGAUAAAGUUGAUUUAGGCACAAUACACACUGCCUCCAUUGACCGCUUUGACAGGUUUGAUAUUGGAGAUGACACCUUCAUGGAGGCUGACUUCACGUCUCAAGUCUUGCCGGAUACUCCACCACAAGUUCCUCAGUCUCCUCCUCAGCCGCAAGAGCCACUACACGUUGAUGCAAUGGAGCACAAGCAGAUGGAAGUAGAAAAUCAACCUCCAGAGGAAGUCGACCAAGAACAAAAAAUUAGUGCAAUAAAAGAACCGGCCGGUGUGUGUCACCCUUCCAAAAGAAAGGUACGAGGAAACUCAGUAAGGGUCAUUAUAGAUGAGCAUACCAUGAUCCCAAGCGAAACGUACCAAUCGUGGCUAAGUGAUACUUCAGACAUUAGCUCGCUAAGGAGAAGGAGAAAGACCAAGCCGACUAUUCACAUAUUGUGCUCAGCUAAGGUAGACACCCUGAUGAACUUGCCACCUUUGUGCCUUAUGGCUAGCUCAAAAAACUUUCUUCAUAAAAUGUAUUACCCUGAACCACUUAUGGAGCUGUGGAAAAAAUGCACCAUAGGAAACCCUCAAACGCCACCAGUACAUCAAAAGAGCACAUCGCAUUCUAUCCGCGAGGAAGUACAACAUCAAGAUUUUGCUGAAAUUUCACAACAUGGUGAUUUUGACAUUGACCAAAUGAUGGCGGCAACUAAAGAAGAUUUUAAUUUAGCUCCAAAUGGUGUCCCUGGAGGAUUUACCUCCUCUGGUAGCCGUGUAGAUGAUUAUUCUCAGCCCAUUCAUAGCUCUGAUACUAGCCAUAAUUCAUUGACUUCUGGAAGGUCCAGUAAGAGACAAUAUUAUUUGUCAAUUGGAAAUCUCGACACAGUUGCUGAGGAUAUUAUCAUGCCAAGCUUAGAACCCUUGGAAGAAACAAUACCUACUCAAACUCCUAAUCAUUGUGCAUUAAUCAAACCCCCGUUCGACCAAAUUACUGAAUCAAUUCGCAAGCAAUUGAAAUCACACUUUGAUACACCGGGAAGCUCGCAAACUGAAUCACUCAACCAACUAGCUGAUGGCCUCACCCGAAAGAAAGCGGCCCAACUAUUUUAUCAUACAUGUGUCAUGGCAACUAUGGAUUAUGUGAAGGUAGAGCAGCUAGUGCCAUAUGGAGACAUCUCCAUCUCUAGGGGACCCAAAAUAUAAUUUGAUAGCAAGAUGGCUGAAGUUAGAAGUUUCUCCCCUUGGUUAGUUUGCAUAUAUGGUAUUAUGGGGCCUACAAGAAAUGUUUUUAGGCUCUUAUUUUUUUAGGAUGGCUUUAUUUUCUUCUUCUUAUUAUUGUUAUUGUUAUGACUUUUACUUUAGGCUUUUAUAUAUUAACACUCUUGACUACCAUUCAACGGCAUGCUUUAUCAAGGAAGAAUUCUUUGUUGUUUUUUGCAGGUCUAUUUGCCUCCAGUUAGUUGA